UUACGACAACUGAUUUGUAGUGAUAAGAACGCUUUCUGGUACACAGAUGGAAACGAAAGUUGAAAAAAGAAAACAAACCAAGAAAGAGGGAUACAAACUGCUGACUUUUUAAAAAUUGGUUCACAACAACAUCUUGCAUAAUGAUAAUGCAACAAAGUCAAUAUUAUUCCUAGAAGUAUUUGGUGGAAGAACAUAAUUAUUUCGUCAUGUCUGCUGAUGACCCGCAGUCAUUGGCAAUAGCCAGAGAAUUAACAAGAGAGUUGAAUUUAGCUAAUUCAAAUCAGCAACAAGCACAGUGGGCACAUGAAGCCUUAGCUCAGGUUCAAGUCAGAGUAUUUAAAGAACAUAAUGAUGUAGUUAACAGUUGUCAAUUUUUUAAGAAGGAUAUGAUAUUAACAGCAUCAAAUGAUCAAAGUGUAAAAAUCUGGGGUUCUGAUACAGGGGAAGUACAGAAAUCAUUUGAUGGUAUCCAUAGUGUGGCUGUUAAUGAAGCUAGAUUAUCAAAUGAAGAUCAGACUAAAUUUGUAAGCUGUGGUUGGGAUAAGAUUGUUAAAGUUACCGAUAUAGAAACAGCAGAAACUUUGUGGAGUGGUAGUCAUGAAGGUGUUAUUACAUGUUGUAAGUUUUCACAUAAUGGUAAAUAUGUGGCAUCAGGCUCAGAUAUGGACAACAGAUUACAAAUAUGGAAUGCUAAAACUGGAGAGGUGAUCUUUAAUCUCAAAGACUACCAUGCUAGUACAAUAACAAGUAUAUUGUUUUCACCUGAAGAUGAUAAAGUUAUAACUACGUCUAUGGACAGAACAACCAAAUUCUUUGAUUUGAAAUCUUGCAAGAAUACCAUUAAAUUAGAGGGUCAUAUAAAUGUUGUAUCCGAUUGUUCUAUAUCUGGUGGAGAGAGAAAAUUUGCUACAACAUCCUGGGAUAAAUCUAUACAAAUAUGGGAUAUAGCUACUGGAAUGUAUAGAUCAAGAGGACCUGAAUCUCUAAGAGGAGGACAUGAAGGUUCUGUAAGCUGUUGUGAUUUUACUCAAGAUGGACUGACAUUAGCUACUGGAUCUUAUGAUAACAGUAUUAUUAUAUGGGAUGCUGAUAACUUUGUCCAAAAAAUUAGGUUACAGGGACAUACAGGUUGGGUGAAUGAUAUUGUCAUCAGUGAAGACCAAAAAUGGCUUCUAUCUUGUUCUAGUGUAAGAUUUAUUAUCAUUUAA